GUGGAAAUGAAAAGAGGGCGGUAGCCAACAGAGUUAAAUUUCCGGUCUCCAAAUUCAUUACAGAUUACGAGGGAGUCCCAUUUUGCUUCAUUUCCGAUACGCAGAACAGAAGUUCUGAUUCCCCAAUCUAUCUUCUUCUUUCUACUGCGCUUGGUGUGCUUUAUUGGUUCAAUGGACUGCAAGCGGCGAUCUCUGCGAUGCAGUCGCUUGACGUUCGAGGAGCUCGUGCUUCUUGUGCUGUGUUUUGGUUAGACCGGUGAAGGAUUGGAUCUUCUUCUGGCUGUUCUACGCCGGCUUUCAUUGGGGUGCCGCUUGCUCUGCUGAUCUGCCUGAAAUUAAGCCAAGCAAUUCUCCGCGUAGCUGAAGCACGUGCGGUGGUCCUGAGGAGGUAUAAUCUUUGAAAUAUCCUUUCUUUACUUCAUCUUCACAAAGGGGAAUCGAAUUUCGCAUUCGAAGUAACGAUGAAUCACCUCACGGUAGAGACGGAAGACUCUUUUUCUAGCGUUCUUGAACUCGCGGCCAACAACGAUGUUGAUGGAUUCAAACGAUCCGUUGAUCGAUUCCCCUUGGCCAUCGACGAAAUCGGUGACUGGUAUGGCCGCAAAAAGGUCGUUGAGCAGCGUACUCCGCUGAUGGUUGCCGCCACUUAUGGCAGCAUUGACGUUCUCAAAUUGAUUCUUAGCCUGUCGUCUGCCGAUGUCAACCGUUGUUGUGGAUCUGACAGAACCACCGCUCUUCACUGUGCUGCUUCUGGUGGUUCAGCGAAUGCUGUUGAGACUGUAAAGUUCCUUCUUUUGGCUGGUGCUGACCCUAACUGUAAAGACGCCCAAGGUAAUAGGCCCGGUGAUUUGAUUAUUGUCCCUCCUAAGCUCUCUGAUGUCAAGGCUACACUUGAGAAGCUUCUUGGAAAUCCUAGUCCUAUUGUUCUGGAUAAUCAUGGUGGAUCACUCAGGGUUUCUGCAAGCUCCUUCAAUUCUAAUUAUCCUCUGUUAUCAUCAUCAUCAGAGGAAGAUUUGUCACCAUUUUCUGACUCCACCUCAUCUCCUUUGGAUGGAAAAUUUCAAGAUAAUCCACCGACUGUAGUUCAGGAGAAGAAAGAGUAUCCUAUUGAUCCUUCCCUACCUGACAUCAAGAACAGCAUCUAUGCUACUGAUGAGUUCCGGAUGUUCUCCUUCAAGGUCCGGCCUUGCUCGAGGGCAUACUCUCAUGACUGGACUGAGUGCCCCUUUGUUCAUCCUGGAGAAAAUGCUAGGAGACGUGACCCAAGGAAGUAUCACUACAGUUGUGUCCCAUGCCCCGACUUCAGGAAGGGAUCUUGCAGGAGGGCAGAUAUGUGUGAAUAUGCGCAUGGGGUGUUUGAGUGUUGGCUUCACCCAGCACAGUAUCGCACGAGAUUGUGCAAGGAUGGGACCAGCUGCUCAAGAAGGGUUUGUUUUUUUGCCCACACUAAUGAAGAGCUUCGACCAUUAUAUAUGUCUACUGGUUCAGCCGUGCCUUCUCCGAGGUCAUCAUCAGCUUUGGAGAUGGCAGCCAUGGGUCUCAUGCCUAGUUCUCCAUCUUCUGUUUCGGCAGUUGUCUCUCCUUUUACACCUCCUAUGUCGCCCUCCGCAAAUGGCAAUUCUCAUUCCAUAAUUAAUUGGCCACAGCAAAAUGUGCCUGCCUUGCACCUUCCUGGAAGUAUUUUGCAAUCAAGCAGGCUGAGAUCUUCUUUCAGUGCAAGAGAUAUGCCAAAGGAUGAGUUCUCCUUGAUGCAAGAUUUUGAUUCCCAGCAGUUGGUAAAGGAUCUAUGCGUCUCUCGCCUUGUUCCUUCAGCUAGCAAUAGAGUUACCCGACAAAAAAUUCUUUGCCCUUCUAACCUUGAUGACCUUUUUUCAUCUGAGAUCUCAUCGCCUCGAUACAACUCUGAGCAGGGAACUCUUUUCUCUCCUUCACUCAAGGCUUCUAACGUUAAUCAUUUUCAGCAGCAGCAGCAACAGAGCAUACUUUCAACAGUAAAUACUGGGUUUUACUCUCAAAAGGUUGUGGAUCACCAACUUCCUGGGCAAUCCUCUUUCCUGCAGGCAUCAUUCGGGUUAUCAUCACCAGGAAGGUUGUCCCCUAGAAGUGUGGAGCCAAUAUCCCCAAUGUAUUCCUGUCCUGCAGCAUUCAGUCAGCGGGAGAAGCAACUUCAGCCAACUCUGUUGGGCCUGAGCUCUCGUGAUCUUGGUACUGGGGGCACAAUGGUUGCUUUGGGCUCACCACUGAGCUCAUCUUUGUCAAAAUGGGGAUCACCAUCUGGGACACUUGAUUGGGGUGUUAAUAAUGAAGAGCUAGGCUGGCUCAAAAGAUCUUCUUUGGAUCCGCAAUCAGGAGGCGAAGAACCUGACGUAAACUGGGUUAAUUCACUCGUAAAGGAAUCGCCACCAGAUAAACCAGCUGCUGCUACAACCAUGGUUGCACCUUCGAAUAUGGAUCCUGUUGCAUCUGCAGAUGAUUCAGGUGAUCAGAUAGAUAGUCAUGAUCAAGCUUCUUUACUCGGAGCUUGGUUGGAUAAAAUGCAGCUGGAUCAGAUGGUGGUUUAACUGAAGCAUGAAUUCCCUUUUGCUGUUCGUAGCAGCAAAUGAUUCUUAGUAAAUAUUAUAUUUUUUUGUUUUUUGUUUUGGAAUGAAUGGUUAGUCAAGAUGGGUUUGGAGGAAAAUUUAGUCAUUCAUUUUCGUAAAAAAAUUGUAUUAUUAGUUAUUUAGUUGAUGCGUUUAGACAGGUAAACGAAUGGGAGAAUCUAGUUUCUGGGUCAAUUGAAAGACUACCUGGAACAGUUACUCCCCUAACAUGUUCGAUUUUUUUUGUUCCUAUCCAUGAAACUUUCUAUAACAUCUAUAUAUUAAGCUUCAUUUGGGUAGAAGAGCUUCUUGCCCCCUUUCAACUUUAAUCUCAUCUUAUGUUACCGUUA